AUGGCAGAAAUGGGCAUUGAAGGCACAGAAGAAACCCUACCCUGUCCAGCAUUCACCAACAGAGUCCCAGAAAACACCCUCGAUGACGAACACUGGAAACACCGUCCUCCAUACCAGUGCCAGAGUGAGAAGGACUUUGGACCCGUCAAGUGGCGUGCCCACUGCCUCUGUAAGAAGAGUGGCUAUGUUCUGAAACAAGAUAAGCCUCUCAAUGCCAAAUACUGUCAUUGUCGGGGUUGUCAGAUCACCCAUGGCGCACCCUUCCAGUGGGCUUCCAUCUUCCACAAGCAUGAUAUGCUGUUCACGCGUGGCUCGGCGGGAUUGGUCUUUUACUCUUCGACACAUCAAUCCCAGGAAUAUGACCUGCCAACCAAGGUAUCCUGUUCCAAUUGCCGCACGCCGAUCAUGGAUGAAGGCCGGAAUGUCUGUCUCAUCUUUCCCCAGUUGAUUGAAAUUGAGGGCUCAAGUGACAAGCAGAGAGAGAAGCGCGAAGUAUUCAAACCAACAUGUCAUAUCUUCUACGAGCACCGCAUGCUCGACAUUCCCGAUGGUCUGCCCAAAUGGAGUGGCAUGGAGAAUACUAGUGAUCUCCUCGAUGACCAUGGGAAUUUGAUCCAGAAAAUGAAGUGA